GCUCCGUCACUGCCGGGCCGCCAUGGCGUCCGGGCCCGCGGGCCGCGCCGCCGAGGAGCCGCCGCCGCCGGAGCCGCCCGCCGAGCAGAAGCCGCCUUCGCUGCCGCCCGCGCAGGAGGAGUUCUCCUUCCUGCCGCUCGUCCACGACAUCAUCAAAUGCAUGGACAAGGACAGCCAGGAUGUUCACCAGGUGCUGAAUGAGCUCAAGAACAAGUUCCAGGAGAUGAGGAAGCUGAUCAGCUCCAUGCCUGGCAUCGGGGUGAGCCCAGAGCAGCAGCAGCAGCAGCUGCAGAACCUGCGGGAGCAGGUCCGCACCAAAAACGAGCUGCUGCAGAAGUACAAGAGCCUCUGCAUGUUUGAAAUCCCCAAGGAGUAGGGAACACACAGCUGCACUCUCUGGGUCUGAGAUUCUGAGAUACCUCCUGUGCAGGCUGAGCAGGGUGGCAGAAGUUGACAUUUCUUUCUUUAGGUUUUGUGGUUAUGGGGCUGUGGCGUUGUGCCUGUGUGGACCAUGGGUGUGUGACACUGGGCCAGGACACUGUGUGCUCUCCUGGGACGAUGGCAGCAGCACGUUCCUUUGAUCAGCUGCAGGACUGUGCACUUAUAUAUCCCAUCUCCUGUUUUCUCUCAGGGUGGGGUUCUUUUUUAUGUUCAAACAAGCAGGAGAUAUUUUCUUUUCUCCUCACUAAGGGUCAAAGUACCUGCUGGUGAAAAAGGGGGCAUUUGUGCAAUUUUUUUUUACAUAAAAAUGGCCAAACAUCAAAAGGGAAUAUAAGAGGGAAGCAUGAACUGUUUGGCCCUGCUCCUGGAAAGAGUCUCUGGUACACUUUCCAUUCCCUGUGUGUUGGAAGAGGAAUGAUUGCUUUCAGUUACUUGUGUAUGUCUCUUUUUAAACAAUUGGUGGUUGUGUCUGAGAUGAGUCAAAUAAAGAUUUAUGAAUUCCAAA